AUGCCUCCCAAGCUCACUGUUACGAUUGCUGGUGGCGGCAUAGGUGGUCUCACCCUAGCCAUCAUGCUUUCAGCCGCUAAUAUCGACUACGUCGUCUUAGAGCGCUCCUCAGGCCUCCGGACCAUGGGCAGUACCAUCGCACUCAAUGCUUGCUCACUUCGGCUCAUGGAACAACUCGGUCUCUGGCCUGAGAUCCAAAAGAUUGCUAAACCUAUCGGUGCCUUUCACCUUCAAAAUGAUGAUCUCUCCCCUAUUGGCACAAUUGAUUUUACAUUUGGCGAAAAACACUAUGGCUAUCACGGCUAUGUGAUGUCUCGACCUGAACUCUUCAAAUUACUCAUGUCGUACGUCCCAAAAAGUAAAAUCCUUCUCCAAAAGGCUGUGGUGGAUGUGGCCGAGACUGACUUUGGGGUACUAUGUCGAUGUUCUGAUGGUUCCGAAUACUGGAGUGAUAUGGUUGUCGGUGCAGAUGGAGCGUAUAGCAAAGUUCGCGAAAGGAUGUAUCAUGGUCUGCAAAUGGAGGGCCGCUUACCACUUGAGGAUGCUGAACCCCUGAAGCUCACGCAUCUGUGUGUCCUCGGAGUUUCCACACCUCUUGACCCCAAGGUUUUCUCUACAGUGGAACAAAGGUUUUCGGAAUUUGAGCUCGUCCUGAUGAGAAAACGCAGUCUUUCGAUUUGGUUGAGUCCUAUCGGUGGCAAUAAAAUCUCUUGGUGCUAUGGUGGCGAGAUCGAACCUGGAUCACAUAACCUGAUGGAGGGUCUGGAUGGAUACUGGGGCAAAGGAUCAACGAACACUCUGCAAAUACUCGAGGAGAUCAAUGAUGUUCCUACCGUCUAUGGCUCAUGCCACAAGGUGCUCCCAUUUGCAGGCCAGGGAGCUGUGCAUGCAAUGUUGGAUGGUCUCUGUCUUGUCAACCUCCUUCAUGAGAUGAAAGGCACAACCACUACUGAUUUCGAACGUGUCUUCCAGACCUACUAUCAGCAACGAUCUGGUGCAGCACGAAAAGCUGUGAUCGGCUCUAGGAUAUUUGGUCGCUUUGUGGCUUCCAGAGGCACCUUCGCUCACUGGGUGCGUGAGAUUGUCCUAAAGUUUUUCCCAAAGUGGUUCACAAGGAUGUUGGCUGAUCUAGUCAUGCGUGACCGGCCACAGCUUUCAUUCCUUCCUCGGAUCGAAGAUCGGGGCAUGGUCAAAGCCUUGUAUUGA